AUGGAGACCUUUCCCCCCGUUGGGCUGGUGUCCGUGCUUAUACUCGCCUUCUACUUGUUCCUCUCCAAGAUCUUCACAAAGCGUACCAACUUCCCACCUGGCCCGAGGGGACUCUUCCUGCUCGGAAGUGCGCACAAGCUCCCGCUCCAAUAUCAAGAAAAGACCUUCUUGAAAUGGGGCAAGCAAUAUGGUGCGCGCGCGUCUCACGCGGGAUACGGCGUAGAAUCCAGGUUGACCAGUGCACCUGCAGGAGACGUCAUCUACCUCCGCCUGUUUCGGACGCCGAUAAUCAUACUCAACUCGUUCCAAGCCGCGACAGACCUGCUCACGAAGCGCAGCGCGACAUACUCAGACCGGCCCCGCAUGGUCCUCCUUAGCGAGCUAAUGGACCAGGCGUCGGCCUUGCCCCCUAUGCCGUACGGUGACCGCUUCCGCAAGCACCGUCGGUGGAUGCACGACGCAGUCGGUUCGCGGGAGCGACUGGCUACUCUGCGCUCUGUUCAGCUUCGCGGGGCACGCGCACUGCUUCGGAACCUCCUGCGCACGCCCGAGCAUUUUGUCGAGCAUCUACACUUAUAUGUUGCGGGCACAAUGCUCGAGGUCACGUACGGCAGGCGGAUCACGUCUAUGAGCGACGAACUGGUUGAGGUCGCGGACCGCGCGAUCGACGGUAUCAACGCCGCUGGGUCGCCCGGGUCGAGGAUCGUGGACUUCUUCCCCAUUCUGAAAGAGAUUCCGGUGUGGAUGCCGGGCGCGGGGUUCAAGCGGCGAGCAUUGGGUGUGCGGAGGCCCGCGGAGAUGCAAUUCCGGGACGCGUCGACGCCCGAGGACGAGGAGGACAUCAAGGGGUUGGGGUGCAGCGUCUAUGGAGGCAAGUCUUCUCACCAUAAGCGCAAUUCUGGCACUGAAACAACCCUCGGUAUGAUCACGACAUUCAUGUUGGCAGCUAUGCAGAACCCCGAGGCGGUCUGCAAGGCCCAGGAAGAGAUAGACCGCAGAGUGGGGAAGGAGAGGCUCCCGGACUUUGGCGAUCGCGCCUCGUUGCCGUACCUAGAUGCGUUUCUCGAGGAGCUUUACAGGUGGGCAUGCCCACUGCCUUUAUCGCUCCCGCAUCGCGCGAUGGCCAAGGACGAAUACCGCGGAUAUACGAUCCCCGAGGGAAGCAUGGUCAUGCCCAAUAUCUGGGCGAUGUCGCGCGACGAGGACGCCUACCCCGAACCGGAGGAGUUCCACCCUGAACGCCACCUCAACAAGGUUCGAGAUGGCAGCAACCCACUACCCAGUGGGUAUGUCUUCGGGUUCGGCCGCAGAGUCUGUCCGGGACAGGCGUUUGCGGACGCGACGCUAUGGAUCGCCAUGGCAGGCAUCAUGGCAUCGUUUGACGUUCGACCGCCUUUGAACGCUGAGGGUGUUGAGGUUUGUCCCCCGGCGGCCUUCCGGCCGGGAUUCACGAGACAGCCGGAGAAGUAUACAUGCAGGAUCAUACCGCGCUCGGGAAAGAUGGCGAAGCUGGUGAUGGAAGUCGAUGAGUGA